UGCGAGAAAUGGAAAAUUUACCAGAAAUAUUCAUGAAAAUAAUACUUCGAAAACUAAAAAUUACUAUGAAGAACAAAUGCCGGUGGUGGUAUAUUCGAGAACUGAUGUAGAUUUACCGGAUAAUCAAAACAUCUUAGCAAAUCAGAACACGCAAGAGAAUGAUAACAAUUAUUAUGAUUCUCAUUAUUAUGAUGACAAUGAUGCUGACGCUUAUGAUGACGACGAUGAUGGUUUUAGUGAAAAUGAAGGAAGGGGACGCUCUUCUCAUUACAAUGAUUAUGAUAUGUAUUACAGUCAAUGGCUUCAUACUACAUCAUCACCUCAUAUCACAAAACCGAAACAAGGAUUGAAGAAUAGUGAAGUAAAUAAACAUAAAUUAAUGAGAUAUAAUGGAAUAACAAGAAAUAGAAAUCCUCCGUCUCCUCUUUCUUACGAGGACUAUUAUGAUUACUAUAGUCGUCAGCCGGAUGCGAAGGCAAAUUCGUAUCCCGUUGCUAAUGUUACGCCAAAACAACCUGCCGAGUCCACUUGGGUUAGUGUCUUGAAAACUUUGAAAACCCUAUUGGAUUUAUAUAAGUCGUUCAUAACCGUUUGGAAUUCUAUGGCUGAGCAACAGUAUAAACAACAAGAAUUUAAGAAAGAGCAGCAAACACAACAAAAGACAAGAAUUAACUCGAAAAAGCCUGCCAAUUUUGGUAUAAAUAAAAAUAAUAAACAACAACAAAAUAAAUUAAACAACAAGACUGCCAUCAAAACGGACGCAGUCGAUACGGCUUUGCAAGUAAAAGAACCCUUGGCUAAGGUAGAGCCUAGGAAAGAGAAAGGGAUGAAAGGUGAUAAAAUGUUACGCGGAGACGUGGAGAACUUAAGUAAAAGGAGUUACGGAACUAAAGAUAAAGAGAACGAAGCCCAAGCUCGUUACAUAAAAGGCGAUCCUUUAAAGGGCUAUUAUGAUUUUGUCAUCACUGAAGGUUCAUACAAGUUUUGGGCCGCUUUUCAAGUCGGCACAGCCUUGUUAAUAAUAUACUCGACAUUCGCGGCCAUUUACUAUUCGAAAGUUAAUCCUUUAGUAAGCGAUUACGAUUAUGUUGAUUAUUUGGGUGGUGGACGUUCUUUGUCUGCUGUUAGUAAUCUGGAUUUUGUGGACAAUAAAGAUGAUAAUGAUGAUGAUGAUGAUGAUGGCGAUGAUCAGAGAAGGGCAUCAUCGACAACAACGGCUUGGUAUAAUGGCUUAAUAACACAAUCUGCUCGUACUGUAAAAUUUAUAUUGCAAACUAUCGAUAAGUUACCGGCGAACGAGCAAGUUGAAUUAAAAGGCAAAGAGAAAAUAAUAUCGACAAGUACCUUACCAUAUCAUCGGUAUACCCCCGACCACUUCUGA